CCAAAGACUGUCCGUUAUUUUCUUCUGUUAAGUUAAACUUUGAAACGUUGUGUGAGCUCGGUCGCCGAGGAAUAUCAGAAGAGGGAAGUCGGAGAUCAAAGAGUCCGGUCGGAGAAGAGGAAGAAGACGAAGAUCGGAAAUGAGCGGGGCGAGACUGUGCUCGCUGUUGGGGGAAUUAGGGUACGAAGGCGCAGAGGCAUUGGACCCUGACAGCUUCGAAUGGCCCUUCCAAUACGACGACGCACGCCCCAUCCUCGACUGGAUCUGCUCCAGCCUCCGCCCCUCCAAUGUCCUCUCUCUCUCCGAGCUUUCCCAGUAUGAGCAAUUUCUUCGAGAGGGGAAGCUACUGGAGGGGGAAGACUUGGACUUCGCUUACGAUAGCAUUUCAGCCUUUGCUUCCAGGAGAGACAAUCAAGAAGCGGUUUUCGGAGCCGAAGAAGGAUUGAAAGACAUUCGGGAUGCAACUUUGGCCUAUAAAGCUGAAGCUUUAGAUUUGCAGAGACAACUUAGAAAUUUGCAGUCUCAAUUUGACAUGCUAUCCGGUCAGGCCUCUGCUUUGAUACAAGGGAGAAGGGCAAGAGUUGCUGCUACGUCUACUGUUAAUGGGCACCUUACAACCAUAGAUGACAGCCUCUCUGCAAGAAAUUUACAGAUGAAUGCAGUGCUUGGAAGGAUUGCUUCUACAGCACAAGAGUUGGCUCAUUAUCAUUCUGGGGACGAGGAUGGGAUCUACUUAGCUUACUCUGACUUUCAUCCAUACUUGGUCGGAGAUUCAGAUUGUAUAAACGAGCUAAAUCAGUGGUUUUCUAAGCAGCUGGACACGGGUCCUUUUCGGUUAGUUGCCGAGGAUGGAAAAUCUAAGUGUUCAUGGGUGAGUCUUGAUGAUAUCUCAAAUAUCAUCAUACGAGAUCUAGAAACGUCUCAUCAUCAACGUGUGUCUGAAUUGCAACGACUUCGUUCAGUCUUUGGGACAAGUGAAAGACAGUGGGUGGAGGCCCAAGUUGAGAAUACUAAGCAGCAAGCUAUUCUAAUGGCACUUAGAUCUCAAGUGAGUUCAGAUGAAGCACACAUUCAUCUUGAUAUUCAUUCUCUCAGGAGAAAGCAUUCUGAAUUGGUUGGAGAACUAUCAAAUCUUUAUCACAAGGAAGAAAAAUUAUUGUCCGAGACUAUUCCAGAUCUUUGUUGGGAGCUGGCCCAACUCCAAGACACAUACAUUUUGCAAGGUGAUUAUGAUUUGAAGGUCAUGCGCCAAGAAUACUAUAUCAACCGGCAGAAAGCGUUCAUAAAUCAUCUUGUUAAUCAGCUUGCAAGACAUCAGUUCUUAAAGAUAGCUUGUCAGUUGGAGAAGAAGAAAAUGCUCGGAGCAUAUUCUUUGCUCAAAGUUAUUGAAUCGGAGCUGCAAGCCUACUUGUCAGCAACAAAAGGCCGUGUGGUUCGCUGCCUGGCAUUGAUACAAGCUUCAUCUGAUGUACAAGAACAAGGAGGAGUGGAUGAUCAAGACCAUUUUCUGCAUGGGGUUAGGGAUCUUUUAAGUUUGCAUUCAAAUGCUCAAGCUGGGUUAUCGACAUACGUCUCUGCUCCUGGCAUCGUUCAGCAGAUAUCUAGUCUUCAAUCUGACUUAAUGACCCUUCAGUCUGAUCUUGGAAACUCUCUUCCUGAGGACAGAAAUAGAUGUAUCAAUGAGCUGUGCACUUUAAUUCAAAGUUUACAGCAGUUACUUUUUGCCUCUUCAACUACGGCACAACCGAUAUUGACUCCUCGGCCGUUGAUGAAGGAGCUUGAUGAAAUGGAAAAGAUAAACGCAAAACUCUCUGCUGCGGUCGAGGAGGUGACACUCGAGCACUGUAAGAAGAAUGAGAUUGUAAAACAUCAUUCCCAAGAGGUUGCGCUUCAGCGACGGGUUUUUGUGGAUUUCUUCUGUAAUCCCGAACGCUUGAGGAGCCAAGUUAGAGAGUUAACCGCCCGAGUCAGAGCGUUGCAAGUUUCCUGAUCCAUACGCUUUUAUUUAUUUAUACAUAUGUAGUUUUUAUGGUUUCUAUGUGUGUUGAAUCAUUGUAGUGUAAAGGUAACACAAAAUCUUAAGGACCAAUAACGUUCUAUUUGUGGGUGUGGUUUAUUUAGGGGUUAUAAAUG